AUGUCUGAUCGUUCCAAUGGUCAGGAGAUGAGACGGCGUCAGGAGUUUGAUCGUUGGCUGGUGGAGGACAUAGUGCCAUAUGUGAUAAGAGAUCUGCCAGGACAAGUUAAUGAAAUGCAGGCAUAUUCACCAUCCAAUGAUCUAGGAAGUCAGCUCUACCAAAGAAAUAGUCCUCCAAUGAUAUCGACUACUACAGAAAGUCCUCCUGCAGAUAUCUGGACAGGAGGUAACGAUUAUUCGACAGAAGCUGGAUAUUCCCAAGAUGGACGGUUUGUGCCCAGGGAACAAUACCUUCCCUUCGAUUCAGAUCUAGUGUAUGCUUCUCCAUUUACUGGAUACCAAGCUCAAACUCCUUCCGUCGAUGUAUACCAAGUACAAACUCCUUCAGUCGCUGGACACCAAGCUCAAACUCCUCCAACGUAUGAUUCUGAGCCAUCGGGACGUGUAGAGGAAGAACACGGAGUCACAUAUGCACAAUCGCAUUCGAGUGGUCGUGAAUUGGAAGAGGGAUGGCACCAAUAUCCGUCAGGAGUAUGGGAGUGGCUAGGACAAGGCGCUCCACCCGAAUACCAAGAGACCCAACCGCAGUCCGCCCGUAAUACACAGGUGUCAGGAGCCGGACAAAAUUUGAAUCAAGAAGCAUACGCAAGAGUUAGUGCACCAAGCAGCCAACGUUACUCAAGUCCUUCUGUUCAGCUGGUAACAACUCCGAGCCAGUUUCUUGAUGCAAUCAAUUACUCGCCGCGAUCAUGGGAGAACAUGACAAAUGUGUCCGACAGCCAAUCUGAAGAUCAAAAUCACUCAGUGGCUGGAGAUGGUCAGAGAGUGUCCGGUAACCACAGAGGUAACCAGAGGAAUCCACGAAGAGCCCAUCAAAGGAGGCCGCAACACACGGUGUAA